ACGCAUUUGCAUUAUAAUACGCAGCAAGCAUGUCUUCGGUGGAAAAUGAAACUAUGGACUAUUUAAAGAAGACGGGAGUUCUUCCUCGGCUCGUGAAUAUUUUGAAGCAAGUAAUAAAGAUCAAACCGCAGCCAGUGGAUCCUCUUAUGUACAUUCUUCAUCAGCUGAAUUGCCCUUUAAUUCCCCAGGCCCAAAUGAAGGCGCUGGAGCGUAAAGUGACGCGUGCCCACGACGAAUUGCGCUAUUUGCGAGACCUUCUGAUCAAUGUGGGGGCGAACGACGAUCUCUAUGACAGCGAGACCGACGAAGAGGAGUAUGUCGGAAGCGUCGAGGGUCAGAUUUGUGACCCAAAAGACUUGGAAGAUUACGGUUAUGUCUGUGAGGAAGACACUGGCGAUGAAACUCCAGAUGAGAACGAGACCGAAGCAAGUCCGUUCGAGAAGACGCAAACGCUGAAGCAUUACAUUGUUCAGGCCGCUGUGGCGAUGACUCCUGUCGAUCAGGAUGCACCGGCUGGAUCGUACGAGCAGCCCUGCUCGAGCAGUGCCAUCUGCAACGAGUCAAAGUAGUUGUUCAAACUAAUACUUAUGUACACGUACAUAUAUACUCGCAUGUUUCAAUGCAUGUGGUUUGUUCCAUUUUGAAUUUUUUCCAACGUGUUUAAUGAAUGCAGCUUGUGACCUUUUUAUGAAUUAUCAAUAAACUCAACGCAUGGGCGUUGCAACUAUAGCA